AUGACAAGGAUAACUCGUACUGUCGGAAACCCGAUCCUCCUCGUUGUGGCCCUCCUGGCCGUCUGGCUCCCGACCGGCUCAGCAGAGCUCACCGUCGAUAAGGGUCAGCUCGUCAUCUUGGAUGCCAAUGGAAUGACAACAAAGAGUCACGAGUUUUCUACUCUGACGCCAUCUUCGGCACCUACGCUCGAGCUCAAUGAUGAGAGCACGUUGAAGGCGACAUUCGAGAUUUUGGAAAAGACUUCCACGGACCAAGCAGGAUCACUGUUCUCGCCCCAUCAAGUCACUUUACUCGCUACUGGCGUUGAUACAAAGCUUCAUUGGGCAGCUGCAGUGAAAACUAGAAGUAAAGGAAAAGCCAAAUGGGAGCUGGAUCUUGGCCGAGCACCAACAGACUUUUUGAGCCUUUCGCGCAAAGGUGAAGUUCGCUUGGAGCUUAUUAUUGGCGACAUUUCGGCUGUCCACGCACCGUUGCAGCUGAAUCUAGCUACCUUGAAGAUCCCGAAGAACUUACUGCUGGAAUAUCCCUACUGGGACACCAAAGACGGGAAACCACCUUCUACACUGGAACUCGAAAAACACUACAUCCAACCAGAACUCAAGUGGACAUUCCAACCACCACGUAAAAAAGACAACCCCGUCUUCAGUCUAGCCUUUGUCGUGAUUGCCGUGUCGCCGUGGAUCUUUUUGUUGACAGCCUGGUCGAAAAUUUCGCAAAACACAAUAGGAGGAUUCAAGCUCCUGGGGGCUCCCAAACCAUCGACCCUUUUAUUCACCCUGACCAUGGUCUCUCAAGAAGCCCUCAUCUUGACGUACUGGGCGAGGCUGAAGCUCUACCAAUACCUCCCUCUGGCCUUCCUGCUGUGCUUCCCAUUGAUCCUAUGCGGCCGGACAGCGCUCAGCGAGUUACGAAUCCGUCGUAAAAUUAGUCCCAUUUCUGCUGGUCGUAUCACCUCAAGUCGGGUAUUCAGCAGUGACAGUAAAAACAAGAAUGAGUAA